AUGACCGAUACACAACAACUGAAAAUCUCUGUACCGCCUCCUCCUAUAGUUUCAGCACCGGGAGGUUCAACACCAACACAGAGUAACUUCUCAACUCCAUCAAAAAGAGGUCAUAGACAUAAGAGAUCAUUCGCAAUUUCAGGGGAUUUUGAGUUUUUGAAACAGCCUCCUGCAACUGCUCCAAAACCCUCCAUUCAUACAAUGUCUCCAGAACCUCACAUACUCAGCACACCACCACCAAAACACGAGCAAUUCAGACCAAACACGCAACCUGCUGUAUCUUUUGUAACACAACAACAUGAAAAAUCAGAUUACGAGCUUAGUUAUUCAGGGUCUGGCACUGGCAUGAAUGAAGUAUCACAACGAAAUCUCUCGCCAUUUAAAGUACCUCCAACUGUUGCAAAAGGAACUAAUUUAUUAACACCAAGUCCAAGGUUUUUUGUAAGUGAAGAACCGAGAUUCUCAUCCCCAUGCAAAGGUGUUCCUGAUGCUAUAAUUAACUUGGAUGAUGUGUUAAGUACAACGAAGCCAAGAUCAUUCAAAUCUCACAGAAGGACUGAGUCUGCACCUGCAUUUCUUGAAAUUGUACUGAACGGUAACAAUGGUUCUGCUUAUAAUGAUGCAGGGCUGAUGAUUAAGGAAGAGGACGAUAUAUCCGAAAAUAAUGACGCUGAUGAAGAAAAGAGAAGUGUAUCUGAAAACUUAUCUAAACUUCCCACAAGAGCGCGAUCUCAAAAUGAUAGAACAAAAGAUAGUUCAGAUUACUUGCCAUCAGUUUUGCUGUCACCUUUGAGACCUAACUCGCCAUUAAAACAAUACUCCACUAAAUAUGCCAGAGGAGCUAAUGAUAACGAAAUUGCGGAAAAGACUUUAGACGAUGGAGAUGACACAACAUUACAAAAUGAGGCUACAAACAAAUAUAAUUCUUUAAAGAUUAAGAGACAAAAGCAGAGGUACUCUCAUUACACAAGACAAUUACCUACCAAAGUGGCAGGAAAUGCUAUUCAAUCACAAACCUUGAAAGAACAAAACUCUUCUACGUCUUUAUCCUCAUCUAAUAAUUCUAAAUCUCCUCUUUCAGUUGCCCUUACUCCAUCAAAGAAUGGUAACACGCCAGUUACCCCUGCAUCUUUUAGUGAAAGCAAUCCUAACUGUAAUAGUGGACAUAACAAUUAUAAUAACUCAACUCAUAUUACGGGUAGUCACUCGAAAGGUUUAGAUGCUCCUAGAUUCCCCAUGAGUCCGUUCAGACCUUACGGGAGCAGUACUACGGCACAUUAUCUAGAUAAGGGUCACCAAAACUAUUCAAAAUACCGCAGAAACAGUGCAGGAUGUGUAUCCAGCUCCCAAACAUUUGCUUAUCAACCACAAGUUUAUGAUAUGCCAGAAAAUUUAAGGGACUGUGGUGUAAAACUAACCGAGGAUGAAGGUUCAAAAAGAACCAGCUCUCCUACUCUUGAAGAUAACGAAGGUGAGGAAAAAUCAAUAAGCCAAACCAUAUCAAAUACCACCUUUGAUCAUCAAACAGAUCAGAUCAUGGAUAAUGGUAGUAGAAACCCACUUUCCCAAGUUAGUUCAAAUUCUACUACUAAUCUUCGCAGUGGCACUGAUAGUAGACAGUUAUCGAGUGAAAUACUUCUUGGCGAACCCGGAGAGGCUGUUGACUUAUCAUCCUUGAACUCAAGAACUCGCGAAGCUCUAUUUGGAUUGGUUUCUUUGACAUUUGAUGACAAUAGUCCAUCUCCUUUAAUAGCGGAAAAAACUGGGUCAAGUUAUGCAUCUAGCAAACGUUAUGACCAUCCACAGUUUCAUGACAAUCGACCAGUUACACCAGAUCCAAAUACUAGAGAAAACAGGCAUAUUAGUGAUGGUGCUAUUGAGUCGAAAAGCAAUUUUAGUAUCAAAUCCACACCUAGAUCAUCCAGUCUAAAUAAAGAUGAAAUUCACCGGCAAGAUCCCGGAAAAAUGAGAAAACAUAGAUCUAAGUUCGACAAAUUUAUGAAUAUGUUCAGUAAAAAAUGA